UAAGUAACAUAGUUCAAGCUGAGCGGAUUCUUUACUUCAUCUCUGUCAAGCUUUCAUCUUCAGCACGACACCUCCCAGGAAAAACUCAGAUAAAGAAAAACAAAUCCAAUAAUGGGUAUUCCAAGUACAUGGUCAGUAUUUUCACUGAUUUUGCUCAGAGCAUUGUGUCAAGAAUAUGAAACCAGUUAUGCAGACUAUGAGACAGAAGAAGAAUCACUGCCAGAGAUUCCUCCAUUUGUUGAGCCUCAAGAAACAGACCAUUCCAUAUUUCUCUCAAAUGGAUGUGCCAAGGAAUGUUACUGUCCCCACUCUUAUCCCUUUGCAAUGUACUGUGACCAUCGUAAACUUAAAGUAAUCCCUGAUGUCCCAAGCCACAUCCACCACUUAUACCUUCAGUUCAACAACAUUGAAGCCAUUACAGCAGAACCUUUCACCAAUGCUACAUCUUUGAGGGAAAUCAACCUUAGCCACAACAACCUGAGAAAAGUAGGGAAAGAUGCCUUCAAUAAACUUCAACAUCUCACAAGGCUUCACCUAGAGCACAACAAUCUAGAGGAAGUUCCACCUUCUUUGCCUAAAACUCUUCAGAUACUCCACCUGGGCUUCAACAAAAUCUCAAAGAUACCAUCAAACACUAUACGAGACCUAAUAAAUAUUACAAUGCUCGACCUGUGUAGCAACAGACUUACAGAUGAAGGCAUUAAAGGAAAGGUACUGUCUGGCUUUAAGAGCCUCAUACAAGUCAACAUGUGCAACAACAAACUCAAGACUAUGCCCGCUGAUCUACCAGCAUCACUGCUGCAGCUAUCACUGGAGAACAAUUCCAUCACAUCUAUACCUGAGGGAUACUUUAGGAAGACCCCAAAUAUCAUGUCUCUUCGGGUUUCCCAUAACAAAAUUAAAACAAUUCCUUACAAAACCUUUAACCUGACACAACUCAUGGAACUCAACCUGGGUUAUAACCAACUCUCCCAAACCUUUUUUGUUCCCAAGAAUCUGGAGCAUCUGUAUCUCAACCACAAUGACUACAAAGAGCUUAACAUCACUCUAAUGUGCCCACUGCUGGAUCCUGACAGUCCCAAUAUGCUAACCUACAUUCGCCUUGAUCACAAUAAGCUGAAAGGACCCAUGGACUACUACACCUACACUUGUUUCCCAAGGAUGAGGAUGAUUUAUUACGGUGAACAACAGACAGCUGUCUAGUAUGAUCCACUAAAAAACAUGAAAACCAUUGAAAUAAAUUUCACCCACCAAAUAAUUUUGACUAAAAA